AUGGAAGGUGAAGAUGACGCAACUGAUCCACAAAUUUUUCCACCCGAAGAAGAAGAAGAAAAUGAACAUCAACUCAGCUACAAAAAAAUUAAAAAAGAAGCUUUAGCCCCCGUUUUUGGUUCGGAGGGUGCUGUUGGUGCAGAUUUACAUAGUGCUGAGGAAUGUGUUGUUCCGGCUAAAGGCAAGUAUUUGGUGUCAACUGGACUUCAAAUUGCUCUGCCUAAGGGGUACUAUGGAAGAAUCGCUCCGUGUUCUGGACUUGCUUCAAAAAACUUUGUUGAUGUGAGUGCUGGUGUAAUUGAUACGGAUUAUCGUGGAGAACUUAAAGUUUUGCUUUUCAACUUUUCGGAUGCUGAUUUUAAGAUUUCUGUUGGUGAUCGUAUUGCUCAACUUGUUUGCACGGCAUAUAUAAAGUAUUUUUUAAUUUAA